UGAUACCUUGCACACGAGCCUCUGGGAGUGACUGGGAGAGCUGUGGCUGGGAGCUGUCACUAUGUCGGAGAAAUUUGAGAUCACAAACUUGAACAUGAAAUCAGGGAUGACCCUGAAAAUUAAAGGCAAGAUCCACAAGGAUGUUAACAGCUUCACUAUUAACCUGGGCCAGGAGCAAGACAAGCUGAACCUGCAUUUUAACCCUCGCUUCAAUGAAUCCACCAUCGUCUUCAACUCUCGUGAUGGUGGCAGCUGGGGACAAGAGCAAAGAGAAAGUAACAAGUGCUUCAGUCCAGGAGAGGAGGUCAAGAUCACUGUGGCCUUCCAUAAUAGCGAGUUCAAGGUGACGCUACCUGACGGACACACAGUGACCUUCCCGAACAGGCUGGGUCAAAACCACCUGCGCUACCUAAGUAUGGCCGGGCUCCAAAUCUCCUCCUUCAAGCUGGAGUGAGCAUGCAGCACCUCCUCAGGACAAGACCUCAGUCCCUAAACCCGUUUUUUAGCCCUCUCUGCGAGCUCCAUCAGGACCGCGGUCUUUAGGUCCUCUAAUUUCCCACGCUCUCCCCAGCCCCUAGGUCAAGAGCAAAUAAAAGAAUCCACAUUUAUUAUUUCCACAGUGAGAAA